GGGGCUCAUGGGCAGGAAGAUCUGGUGCCUAUGGCGCUCUGUUCUUAGGGUCUGUGGAGGAGCGCGCCAUGGGAUUCCGGCAGCAGCAGCAGGAGUAGGCGGUGCUAGUCGAUUCGCUCCACCUCAAUGCGCCGCUGCUCGAUCGCUCAAUGCCCCAGUAGCUGAGCUAUGAAUAUGCAGCACCAGACGCAGGGCCAGCCCCCGGGGCAUCAGCACAUUGCCAGCUCCAGCCGCAAUCGCGCGUCCUGGCACGCCGAGGGCGACGAUGUGCCCGACCGCAGGCUCGUGAUCGCUCAUGUCUUGAAGCUCUUCCAGAAGAACAACUCUACUGCCGAGUACCAGCAAAGGUUGCCCGAGAUGGUGAGGAGGCUCGAGGAGGGUUUAUAUCGCGACGCCGCGUCCAAGGAGGAGUACAAUGAUAUGAACACACUGGAGAAACGGAUCCAGUCGGUAGCCAAGCGGAUUUCUGCCGGGAGGAACACGGCAGCUAACUCUAGGAACACGGCCACCAUGAUUCCAACGCCCGGCGCAGCUACUAUGAUCCCGACUCCCGGCCUGGCCACCAGUCCAGCGUCCUUCUCCGGAGCGCCGGGGCAGUUUGCAAUGCCCGGCUCUCGUAGGAACAACUUAGCCGUGUCGACGGCGCCCUCGAAUUCUUUGGUUUCUCACUCGGGAGCUGGCGGGGUGCGAAUGGUGCAACAGGGCUCCAACAUGGUCACCUCGGCUCAAAUGCACCCGUCGCUUGUAAAUGGGAGGUUAGAUAGUCCCUUCAUUGGGAACGGAGGUCAGUAUUCUUUGAAUGGGAACGCAAUGCACUCGUCGUCCAGCUAUUUCGGCCAGGGACAGAUCCAGCGUGAAGGCUUCCAAAUACACAAGUCACUCAAUGGGGAAAUACCCAGCAGCCAGUCUUCGAAAAUGAUUCCAGUACCUGGUCUGCCGUCUCAGUUGCAACAGCGACAGUCAGAAGCGACUACAGUGCAAGAGCAGAAAAAGACUCCAAACCAGAACCAGAAAAAGGCUGAUGUGGUCCGCGUACAAAACGGGGUUGCCACUGCCCAAGACAGGUUACAGAAUGGAUUGAAGCCUGGGGACGGUACUGCUAAUGGGAUGUCAGGCGACAAAAAGGAGAUGUUGAGGAGGCAGCAGCACUGGCUAUGUUUAUUACGCCAUGCAAACAAGUGUACCGCUCCGGAAGGACAGUGCAAUUUCAACUCCCGAUGCCACUACGUACAACAGGUUUUGAGGCAUGCGACCAAGUGCCGGGAGACCGCUUGCCAGUCGAGUCACUGCCAAGUCGUUCGGGCGCUGCUCCGCCACCAUUCUCAGUGCGAAAACCUCCAGUGUGCAUUGUGUGCUCCGGCUCGACGACUUGCACGAGCAGCUGCGCAGGCAGCAACGAUCGCCGCUGCUUCGUCGAGCGUUGUUACCGCUUCGACCUGCACCGAAGAGACUCAAGUGGCUGCUAAGAGGGUCAAGGAAGAAGUCGACAUUCAGAGCUACGGUGGAGUUGGAGCAGGCAGUGACUGUGGUCCUCCAUUUCCUAAGAAGAUCAAAGUCGAGCCUGGUACUACUGCUCAGGUGAAGAGCGCCGGCAUGUGCAAAGGAAAAGGUCCCAUUGUCGCGCAGCAAGUGGACGUGAAGCCUUGCGUUUUGCCUGAUGGGCAAGAUGAUGGCAUGCUGGAAGCUGGCCCGUCUAUGGAGAGUUCGGCAUUAGUCGCCAUCAAGGAAGAGGUUGGGCAUUCGUCGAAUAAUGUGUCGCUCAAGUCCGGGAAGUCGAAAGUCGUUGGCAUCUCUCUCCUAGAGCUUUUCUCCAAGGAGCAGAUUUUGGAGCACUUUUCCAGCAUUCGGUUAUGGACAGGACAGAGUAAGGCAAAGGCUGAAAAGCAUCAAGCAAUGGAACAGCAACCCAGCGAAAGUGCUUGUCGUGUAUGUGCUGUCGAGAGACUUACCUUCGAACCGCCACCUUUGUAUUGCACAACUUGUGGAGUUCGUUUGAAGAGGAACUCUGUAUACUACACUGCAGGGUCUGGCGAAACUAGGCACUACUUUUGCAUUCCCUGCUACAAUGCCAGCCCUGCUGAUACAGUUGGCCUUGAUGGUCAGCUUUAUCCCAAGUCGAAAUUGGAAAAGAAGAAAAACGAUGAAGAAACAGAAGAGGCGUGGGUUCAAUGUGACAAGUGCAAUGUAUGGCAGCAUCAAAUCUGUGCCUUAUUUAAUGGUAGAAGAAAUGAAGGUGGUGACACGGAAUUUAUUUGCCCCUAUUGUCUGCUGAACGACAUGGAAAGUGGGGAUAGAACUCCUCUUCCCUUAACAGCCGUUUUAGGUGCCAAAGACCUGCCGAAAACGUUACUGAGUGACCAUCUAGAGCAGAGAUUGGCACGCAGUUUGAGGAAGGAAAGAGCUGACCGCGCCGAAGCACAAGGGAAAAGUUUUGAAGAGGUCCCUGGAGCUGAAGGUUUAGUUGUGAGAGUAGUAUCAUCUGUCGACAAAAAGCUUGAGGUGAAGCAGCGAUUUCUGGAAAUAUUUAAAGACAGCAAUUAUCCCAGUGAAUACCUUUACAAGUCGAAGGUGGUAUUACUCUUUCAAAGAAUUGAAGGAGUCGAGGUGUGUCUAUUUGGGAUGUACGUACAGGAGUUUGGUGCUGAAUGCCCUGAACCGAACAAUCGUCGGCUUUAUAUUGCUUACUUGGACUCUGUCAAGUAUUUUCGGCCCGAAGUGAAAACCGUUACGGGUGAAGCUCUUCGAACAUUUGUUUAUCACGAAAUCCUGAUUGGAUAUCUGGAAUAUUGUAAAAGAAGAGGUUUCGGUAGCUGUUAUAUUUGGGCUUGUCCACCUCUUCGAGGAGAAGACUAUAUACUGUAUUGCCAUCCGGAGAUCCAAAAGACACCUAAGUCGGAUAAACUCCGAGAAUGGUACCUUGCAAUGCUCGGCAAAGCGACAAAAGAGAACAUUGUUGUGGAGUUAACAAACUUCUACGAUUACUUUUUUAUUUCUCCUGACGAGUGCAAGGCUCACGUAACUGCUGCACGACUUCCUUAUUUUGACGGGGAUUAUUGGCCUGGGGCGGCAGAAGAAGUUCUGCUACAGCUUCACCAGGACGAGGAGGAUAAACGAAGGCUUCACAAGAAGGGAAUAAGCAAGAAAGGUGUUGCAAAGAGAAUUGGAGCUCAAUCCGAGCCCUCUAGCAAUGCCUCAAAGGACUUGCAACUGAUGCACAAGCUUGGACAAGCAAUAUCACCUCUAAAGGAGGACUUUAUUUUGGUCCACAUGCAUCAUUCUUGCCGGCACUGCCGUCUCUUUAUCACUUCGGAGUGUCGCUGGGUUUGCAAACAAUGCAAGAACUUCCACCUGUGCAACAGGUGUUAUGUUGCCGACCAGAAGAGGGAUGAAAAGGACAGGCACCCGUGGAACAGCAGGGAAACUCAUGAGUUAUUUGCGGUCGAGGUCAAUGAUAUACCCGCAGAAACCGAAGAUAAAGAUGAGAUUAUGGAAAGUGAGUUUUUUGAUACGAGACAAGCGUUCUUGAGCCUGUGCCAAGGCAACCACUACCAGCACGAUACAUUAAGACGCGCCAAGCAUUCUUCUAUGAUGGUGCUUUAUCACCUACAUAAUCCUACAGCUCCAGCAUUCGUGACUUCCUGCAAUAUCUGCAACCAAGAUAUUGAAACGGGGAAGGGCUGGCGGUGCGAUACGUGCGCUGAUUUUGACCUCUGUGCGGCCUGCUAUCACAAGGAGCUACCAAAGCACCCACAUAAGCUCAAACCCCAGCUAUCAGUAGCCGAACGGAAUGCACAGAAUAAAGAAGCUCGGCAACAACGCGUUGUACAGCUCCGAAAAAUUGUGCAGCUCCUGAUUCACUCGUCUCAGUGCUGUUCUUUCCAAUGCCAGUAUCCGAAGUGUCGGAAGGUGAAAAACUUGUUUAGACACGGGACGGUAUGUAAGACGAGGGCCUCUGGAGGAUGCCGUCACUGCAAGUUGAUGUGGCAUCUCUUGCAACUCCAUGCUCGGUCGUGCAAGGAGUCGGACUGCCGGGUUCCUCGCUGCAAGGACUUGAAAGAGCAUGGGAGACGCUCGCAACAGCAGGCGGAGUCACGACGCAGGGCUGCUCUCAUGGAGCUACUAAAGCAACGAGCGCAGGAUGGCUCGAGCAGUGCCACGAGCUGAGGUGGACAAAGCAACGCAGAGAUGAACACCAGACUAACACUUAGGCGAGACACACUUUGCUCCACGCCACUGCCAAGCUAUUCUUUUUACCGGUAAGUGGCUCACAGUUCCUCGUAGCGAAUGAGACCACCAGUGCUGGCAGGACGUGGCUUUUGCACAAGAAGCCACAGGAGGAAGAAAUGGAUCGAUGCUGUUUUUUUUUCUCGGCGCUACUCCGCUGAGAAAAAAAAAAAUUUCGCCGCGAAGAGGGGGCAAGUAAGUUCCGUGGUUUUCAAGUGUUUUAAAAGUCCAUGGUUUACUCUCUUCGCAGAGCGGGGACGAAGCAUGUAAAAACAAACAAACGGUGGAGAUUCCCCGUGAAAGGAGAAAUAGUGAAAAAGAACAUUCGAAUCGACGGCUAGAAGUGUUUGAAACCUCUCUCUCUCUCUCUCUCUCUUCUCUAUUGGUUGGGGUUUUAGGGCAGAGAGUAGGGAGCGAAUGGGGGGCGAGGAGGGGGAGGUGCUGCACGAAGAAGAUGAGCGCUUUGUGGACGAAUCCAAGGCGAGCUACGAGUAUCUGCUCAAGAUGAAGGCGAGCAACAAGGAGAUGGAGCGCGCGCGGGUGCCGCUCGAGUGGCGGGAUCAAUGCGCGCACAGGCUCAUCCCGCUCAACAAGUGCCGGCAGCAGAACUACUACCUGCCGUGGCGAUGCGUGGAGCUCCGCCACAGCUUCGAAAAGUGCCAGUACUACCUCUAUCUCGCGCGGGUGUGGAAGAUGCAGCAGCUGGAGAUGGAGAUGGAGAAGGAGAAGCAGGAGGCCAAGGUGGGUCUCAAGAUCCCCCAGCCUGCCGCCGCCGCUGCCGGCGACGAAGCCUUGGCCUCGUAAUGCUGGAGAAUCGACCUAGUUCUUUCUCUUUGGACGAUGAAGAAGACACAUUUUCUAGCCACACUUAAUAAUCAUCAAAUUUUUUGUAAUGUC